AUGGCGCAACCCGCACCCGAGCAGAUCGCCUACUAUCAGGCGCAUGCCGACGAUGAUAGGCGACCGAAUGAGAUCGCGUCCCUUGUAUGUGGACUGUUCGCCGCCAUCGCCGCGUUAGCCGCUCGGAUUGCGGCGCGGCGGGUCUCCAGAAUGAAGCUUGGCCUUGAAGACUGGACCAUCUUUGCAGCGAUGUCCAUCCACAACGGGCAAGGGAGGCAUAUCAUAUUCAUCAAGGAUAUUGUAUACUUUAUGAAGGCCUUUGUCGUCGCCGUCGUCAGCUACUCAAUUACAGUGAUGCUAACCAAAAUCUCGAUCCUCAUUUUCUACUGCCGGAUAUUCCAAGCCAGAUGGCUUACAGUCUGUUCCAUCGUGAUCGGCGCCAUAGUCAUCAUGUACAAUCUGGCCGUCAUCCUGAUCGCCGGACUGCAAUGCAUCCCGCUGUCGGACCUUUGGAAUGGGGGUUCGUCGUGUAUCAAUCCGCAGCCUCCUUGGUUUGGAUUCUCUAUUGUCAAUGUAGUCACCGACGUGGCUAUCCUGGCUUUACCAGUCAAACCGGUCCUCAGCCUGCACCUGAAACUCAGUCGCAAGCUGCAGGUGCUGGGCAUGUUUCUCACGGGCGGCGUGGUAUGCGUCUUCGGUGUCCUCCGCGCCAUCGCAAUGUCGAGCCUCAGCAUGGUCGACGCAUCAUGGGCGGCCGUCGGUGCAUCAAUCUGGUCCUUCACAGAGAUAUCCGUCGGCAUUGUCGCGGCGUGUCUCCCCUUGCUAGGGCCCCUCUUCAGAAAUCGGGACUCGCCAGGUGCAGCCAAGGCGUCCGCAAGCUGUGGCCACGUGUGUCCUGGAAAUAUCAACGCCGCUCGCUUGGGCCACCCUGGAUACAUCCAUCAGGCGAAUAGCACUCUCGUAGACGAUGUGUCGAUGCCGGACGAACAAUGGCCUGUGCUUGCACCGGCAACAGCGAAGGCUGCAUCGACAAGGAGCACGAACCAGAUCAUGGUGCAGAGCAAUAUUCAGCAUACGGUGACGUUUCUCUGA